AUGUACCUGAUCACUAUGUUUGGGAACUUGCUCAUCAUCCUGGCCAUUGUCUCUGACUCUCACCUCCACACCCCCAUGUACUUCUUCCUCUCCAACCUGUCCUUUGUGGACAUCUGUUUCACAUCUACCACUGUACCCAAGAUGCUUGUGAACAUCCAGACACAGAGCAAAGUUAUUACCUAUACAGACUGCAUUACCCAGAUUUAUUUUUUCUUACUCUUCGCAGAGUUGGACAACUUCCUUCUGGCUGUGAUGGCCUAUGACCGCUUUGUGGCUAUCUGUUAUCCUCUGCAGUACAUGGUUAUCAUGAACCCCAGGCUCUGUGGCUUCCUCAUUCUAGGGCCCUGGGUUAUAAUUGUCUUUUUAUUUUAUGGCACAGGCCUAGGUGUGUACAUUAGUUCUGCCAUGUCCCACAACUCACACUCCAGUGCAAUAGUUUCAGUGAUGUACACUGUGGUCACCCCCAUGCUGAACCCCUUCAUCUACAGUCUGAGGAAUCAAGAUGUAAAGAGAGCUCUGUUAAGACUCUUUCGAAUGAAACUGGACAAAUAUCCAUAG